CUCCGCGGAGCUCCGGGAGGGGCCGUACCGGGUUAUACCGAGUGGUACCGGGUUAUACCGGGCCCGCCGCAUGCCGGGACCCCGCACGCUGCUGGGGCUGGGGCUGCUGGUGGCGGCGGCGCGGGCGGGCGGGCGGUGCCGAGCCCGGAGCUGGGGCUGGGAGCGGGGCUGGGACCGGGAGCGGUGCUGCUGCCUCCCCCGCCGCGCCAUGCACGUCCCCAGCGCGGGGACCGGCCCGACGGGGCUCCGCUUCCUGGGGCAGGAGGAGGCCCAGGCCAUCGACCAGGAGCUCUUCACUGAGUACCAGUUCAGCGUGGAUCAGCUGAUGGAGCUUGCAGGGCUGAGCUGUGCCACUGCCAUCGCCAAGGCCUACCCACCCAGCUCCUUCACCACGAGCCAGCCUGCUGUACUGGUGAUCUGUGGGCCAGGGAAUAACGGCGGCGAUGGGCUGGUCUGCGCCCGGCACCUGAAGAUGUUUGGCUACCAGCCAACCGUGUAUUAUCCCAAGCGCCCCAGCAAGCCCCUCUUUGAAGGUUUGACCACCCAGUGCAAGAAGAUGGAUAUUCCCUUUCUCCCCGAGUUCCCAGCUGAGGCGGCGUUCAUYGAUGAGCUCUACGGCCUGGUGGUGGAUGCAAUCUUUGGAUUCAGCUUCAAGGGAGCGGUGCGGGAGCCCUUUGGCAGCAUCCUCAGCACCCUGGAGCACAUCACAGUGCCCAUUGCCAGCAUCGACAUCCCCUCGGGCUGGGAUGUGGAGAAGGGGAAGGCAGACGGCCUCCAGCCCGACAUGCUCAUCUCCCUCACGGCGCCCAAGAAGGCAGCGAUGCAUUUUAUCGGCCGCUACCACUUCCUCGGGGGCAGGUUUGUGCCCCCUGCGCUCCAGGAGAAAUAUGCUCUGAACCUGCCGGCGUACCCCGGCACAGACUGCGUCCUGCAGCUGACCUAGAGCUGGGGCCAGAGGGGCUGGGGGGCACAGGUUUGGCUUCAGUACUGCACACUGGGGMAAAUUCUGCCCCAGCCUCUGCUAGGAAGGUACUCAGCACCUCUCUGGGCUUCAGUGUGACACAGCAGGAUCAAAGGUCACUGCAGAGGGAAGGCCCAGGAGGGGAGCAGUGAGGGGCUGCAGGGGGGAUCUCUGUCUGCUGCAGUUUGGGGUUGCUGUCUAAUCCAAUGGCUACAAGGUGAUCUGGGAUCCUGGGCUCUGCCACUCAUCAUGGCACMACUCACAUGUCAGGAUAGUCUGAGCAAUAAAGAUUUAUUCAUGCCCUUGAAAAAGUA